AUGUUGUCAAAUAAAAAAGCCUUUGGCGUAUCAAUCCGCUUGGGAUACGCCACCGCCUUCGGUAACACUUCGGAAUCGGUGGAACCGCAGACGUUGCCGAAAGCGCACAAAGAUGUGGUUUGUCUUGGAUAUGCAUUGUUGUAUGAGGACAAAUACACCUUUCAAUCCUUGCUUCAGUACUAUAGUCAGCGAAGCGACAUGAUGGUAGUGUACAUCAGUAGCAUCAGUGACGAAGUUUUCGAGGAAACAACACCGUACAAGGAGAAGAUCGAAAUUAUUCCCUGGCCGUUGUUUCCGCGCAAGUCAAAGUCAUCGCCAGACAACAUACGUCUGAGUGCACGAUCGUAUCGUGCAACACAGGCUGCCGCAUUCGCUGACUGUUGGCUGCGAUUCGCGCCGAUAUCGCGGCGAAUCACGAUGAGCGACAUUGCUGCUAUUCAAUUCCGUUCCACUCAUAUUGAGAAAACCACCGGUGAUUCCAUAUUCAAACAUCUCUAUCCAUCAUGGACAAUCGCACAGCUUCUCACUCAUCGAAUCGUUAGCAGUGAAUACGACGAUAUCACAAUAGCCGAACGAUGCUAUACUCGUAAAAAAGCGUUUCGUUGGCGUACCGAUUGCCAACCGAUGGUUCCUGGAGCGAAAAAUUUCUCGAGCGUCGAACAGAUUUCACUGAGAAAAUCCAACUUCCAUCCGGCGGUAACAAAUGCCUACCAAACAAACAUUGGACGAUGUGUUUCACAUAAACCUCUACCAGAAGAGAAGCGAACAGUGAUGAAAUUGGAAUUCGACUUGGAUAAAUCCAGACGAGAACUUGAUCCAUGCGAACUAUGGCUUCGGAGGGAUAAUAUGAAAUGCCGAGUGGCUGUCGACUACACAAAUAUGAUGUUUCGUGAACGUUUAAAGAUCAGCGUUGUUAAAAAGAGGAGUUUGCUCACAUUCUCACAUGGUUGCCACUUAUGA